CUGAUCCAAAUCUCAGAGAUACUCCGUCUCAGUAGUCGAAGAAUAGGGAAGGGACUCGUGUCGUCGUUGGAACCUGGCCGACAUGUUUUCAGACAUGAGUGCACUAUCGUUGCUGCUCCUUAUCUUACUGGUGUCGACUAUAUUCGUCUACACGAAGAACGUAGUCCUCCGGAAAGAGACGGGAAUUCCUGGACCUCGUGGAUGGCCAGUGAUUGGAAAUCUUCCGCUUCUGAACAGCGAAUCGAUUGUCCAUCUCACUCUGAUGAAUCUCGCCCAGAAAUUUGGACCUUUGUAUCAAUUGAGGUUAGGAAUGCUAAAGGUCUUGGUUAUAUCGUCUCCAGAUUUGGCCAAGGAGAUUCUCAAAAAUCAAGAUGCAUCGUUUGCAGGUCGUCCUUUUACACUUUUAGGCGAACUUGUCUUCUACCAACGACAAGAUAUGAUUUUUGCACAAUGUGAUGAUAACUGGCGUUUGAUGAGGAAACUUGGUUCCGAGUUAAUGUCUUCAAAGGCCGUCCAACAGCAACAGGUUUCCAGGCAUGAGACGAUGAUGACCGCAGUGAACCUCCUACUUGAAUGUCAGCAAAAACAACUCAUAGAUCUACGCGAAGAAUUACUCGACAUAAUCUUCUACCACAUGUCCAAACUUCUGCUCGGGAAAAGACUAACUGGAGGAAUGUCAGCGGCCAAGUCAUCUGAAUGCAAUGGUAGGAAGAACCUCUCACAACUCAUCAGAGCAGUUGCGUCUUUACCGUUCCUUGUGUUGGGUGAAUGCUUUCCAUUCUUGAGGUGGCUGGAUGUGGGAGGCGCGGAAGCCACAUUUGUGCAAGUCCAUCGCGAGUUCGACAGCUUUAUCUCAGAUGCCAUCGACGCCCUUCGUCGCGAAGCUACAAGUGAUACUCCUGAGGAACAAGGCUUCAUGCAAACUUUGUUGUCCAUCCAGCACACUGAAGAAGGAAAAAAUAUGACAGAUCUCCAAAUCAAAUGUCUUAUCAACGAUUUUUUGAUGGCCGGAGUAGAGACUACAACAGGCUCCAUUUUCUUUGUGAUGGCUGAAUUGUUGAGGAAUCCAGACGUCAAGGAGAAGCUUGUCAAGGAACUGGAUGAAGUUGUGGGCAGAGAGAGAGUAGUGGAGGAGUCAGACCUUAUCAACCUCAAGUACCUAAAGAUGGUGAUAAAAGAGACUUUCCGUCUUCAUCCAUCGUUGCCACUUCUGUUACCUCAUGAGUCCACGGUUCCUACGACUGUCGGUGGAUAUGAAAUUCCAAAAAAUAUGCAGGUUUUUAUCAACAUAUACGCCAUACAACGAAGCCCGGAAUUGUGGGAAAGUCCGAACAGUUUCAAGCCGGAGAGAUUUGCGAACAAUCCCGUAGACAUGAAAGGCCAAGACUUCUGCCUCCUGCCUUUCGGAGCGGGUCGAAGGCAGUGUCCAGGCAUGGGAAUUGGUGCGCUGAUGGUGGAGAUUACUCUGGCGACAUUGCUUCAAAUGUUCGAGUUCUCUCUUCCUGCAGGAAUGAAACCAGAAGAUAUGGACAUGACUGAGAAAGCUGGAGUAACUUCUUCACUGGUUUAUCCAAUUCUAGUCUCAGUGACACCACGAUUAUCCCCGAAUUUGUGCAGCAUGCAAACUUAAGGUGGAUAUCUUUCAGAUAACCUACGUCCUUACAAGGAACAUUAACGUGAUAAUCGUCCUCUGGACGCAUGUCGGUUUUUGAAUACGUCCUGCUCCGUAACAACUUGCUUCAUGGAACAUGUUUGAGAUUGCAUGGAAGAAUCAAAAAGCAGCGCAAAACAGUUACAGAAGUGAUGAGUUGUGAAAGAAAGUAGGAUCUGCGCAGUACGGAUAUGCAAUGUCAAAUCUAGAAAUUCAAACUCGAAUUUCUAAAGUAUCUUUGAUAGUUUUGAAGGAGUCUUGUCUAAAGUAUUCAGCUUUUUAAAAGUAAUGCAAAAUGUAAGAUUAUUCCAUAUAUAUUUAUAAAGGUACUUUGAAA